AGCUGGUGGGGAAAGGAAGAAGAACCGAUAGGAGCGCAGAAAUUCCAUCAGGCUCUCGCGGUAAAAUCCACGAGCCUUUGUCUUCACUUCAUCUCACUGCGGUGCGGGUCGCCCAAGGAAAGCAAAGCAAUGCAAAGCAAAGCGUAGGAAAGCGGAGAGCGGUGUGAAGUGAGGAGGGGAGAGGACUCGGAGGAGGGAGAGUGGCGGCCCUUUAAGGCCGACUCUGCCAUUCCUCCAUUCUUUGCUAGCUUUGGUGUAAAGCUGAUCAAGCAGUCAGACAGGCGUCGUAGGGUGUGGCAGAGGAGCAGCAAUCUGACCACUUUUGCGUACGUCUACAACCACUGUAGGCCGGGAGGAGGACUUCGAAGACCGAAGGAGACUGUGCUGGACUGGAUUCGAACGAUAGUCGACCGAUUCGGUACCGGUAGUUGAUGUCUUUCCUGGUCGAGGGAGUGAGUGAGUGAGCGAGCGGGAGAGUGAUUGAUUGAUUGAGGGAUCGAUUCCAUGAGGCACCGAGUGAGGGGAGAAGGCGGGAGUGAGAGAGGGAGUGAGUGAGUGAGUGCACUCAACCGACACUGCAGCAGCGAGCUCGCCUGCCGAUAGUACCGAAGUUCAAACUUUUUAGAGCGGACUGGAGGUUGUGGGGGAUUCGGUCCUUCAAUUGUGGAUUGUUUUCGGUAGGCGGCCAGUUAGCAUCGUCCCUCGACGGAAAGUGUGGCAUCUCUCGAGGUCCCAUUCACUACAUGCUGCGGCGUCGGUCUUGCUAUUCGUGAAUGUUUUGAAGCUUCCUCCGAGGUUUAGUGCUGCACUAUCGAGACCUAGUGGAAGGAAGUUGGAGAGGAGUAGGUGGUCUGGAGGCGGAGCACGGAAGAAUUAGUGGCACACACGGAAAUCACAGCAGGAUUCUCGACUGCCACCCGGGGAGGCCUUUGUUGCUCUGAGAUUGACGGACUGUGCCCGUUCAAGAUCUGCUUGGUGGGACGGGAAUUCGAUCCAUCACAAAUAGAGCGAGGCGAAUUUUUCUGCGCGAGGAAGACCUAGAGAAGCGGAGCGGGCACGAGGUUGGAGUGGCCGACCAUAGAAUCUGGGAUUCUCACGUGCCCGGAGUGGUACUGGCUUCUCCGGCGUUGCCAAGGAUGGGUGAUCACUGGUGGUGCAGUGUACUUCGGUGCACAGAAAAUUGGGCUGCACAAGAUCAGAUGGGGGCCUCUUUCACUCGUCCGAAGGACUUGUAGGAGGAGAGCGAGCUCUUAGUUAGCUAGAUAGCACUCUCACAGGAGUGGUAUGGAAACGGUGGCCUGAAGGUUGUGAUGCAUAAUAACCAGUAAGCUUUGCUUGUUCUUGAGCUCUUGAAACCAUGAAGUGGUGGAAAAAGUCGAAAUCGACGAAAGGCGGCUCAAAAUGCAUGCCUGGGAGCACCAGCUUCACAACGCCGGGCUACAUCAACAGCAAGGAUGCCCAUUCCAUUCGAAACGCUGCCCCCGACCCUGCGAGUUUGCAAUUGGAUGACCGUGUGCAAGCGUAUCUGAACCAGAUCAACUCCAGGCCUGUCUCAGGAUCCUGCACCUCAGGAUUUCGAUUGGGUGAUUCCACACGGCCCACCAAAGCAGGUAGGCCAAAGUCUGUCAGUGUCGGGAACAUUGUGGACUUAGCCAUAGCUGUGGACGGUGAGGACUCGAGCCCUUCCUUCUUUCCAUAUUCAAGCUCUGGUUUCACCUGUGGCCAGAUCACUCCGCUUCCGUGCUCCGUCUGUAAAAAUUUUCCUAAGAACUACGGUCGCCCUCCUUACAAAUUCAGCUACGAGGAGCUCGAACAGGUGACCAAGAAAUUCUCGCAGGAUCAUUUUUUCGCGGAGGGGGAAUCGGAGUUUGUUUACAAGGGAACUUUAGCAGAUGGACGGCGUGUGGCUGUGAAGACGAGCUCUCACGAGGAUAAGUUUUGGGCAGAGAUCGAAGCUCUAAGCAGUGCCCAGUUUCCGAAUGUCAUCACCUUAGUUGGCUUCUGCGUCGAGGACAACCGGCGAUUGCUCGUCUAUGACUUCGUUUGCAAUGGCUCUCUCGACUGGCACCUCUCACCGCGAAAUCCUAACCGGAUGGAGUGGUCGGUGCGACAAAAGAUUUCUGUGAACAUUGCCAAGGGCUUACGGUACUUGCACGAACAAUGUCGAGUGGGAUGCAUAGUUCAUCGGGAUGUGCGAUCUAAAAAUAUAUUCCUCACACAUGACUUCGAACCUCUGAUUGGGGGGUUAGGAUUCGCAAGAUGGCAAGCUGAUGGAUCAGUGGCAGUGAGAAGUAGCGUGGUUGGUACCCCAGGGUACUUGGCUCCAGAGUAUGCUGAAAGUGGGCAUCUGUCUGAGAAAGUGGAUGUCUACUCCUUCGGUGUCGUGCUGUUGGAACUCAUUAGUGGGCGGAAAGCAAUCGACUUCAAUCGCCCCAGUGUGGAGCAACAAUUUUUGGCUGAUUGGGCACGACCCCUGCUGGAAGAUUUUGGAAGGGUAGUGAAGGAGGUCCUGGACCUGCGCAUCGGCAAUGAGUAUCAUCAUCAUGAGCUUUACUGCAUGGUGAAUGCAGCGAGUCUGUGCAUCCGUAAAGACCCAGCUACACGUCCUAACAUCAGCCAGGUGCUCUGCAUUCUAGAAGGUGACAAUGAUCAAGAAAACCUGAUCACUGUCCCUGCGAACUGGUGUGCCAACAAAGACAAUUCGGCUUCCUUCAGGGAGAGACACGGUCCUCUUACUCCAGACGACCAGUAUGAGACCGAACUAAGAUAUCCUUCAGGAAAGCUUUCAUCGAGUUCAGGUAGCAGCUCUGGAUCUGCUUCUCGACCACCCAGAAGUAAUUGUCUUCCAACUAAACGCCUUCCCAGCAACAAUGGCCCAGUUACUUCUUAAGACCACCUUUUCGAGUGCUCUUUAACCUCAUUACGAUUAACAUAUAAACCUAAGAGCCUGCAGAAUCGAACCAAACUAAACCGAUCACCAAUUAGUGUACAGCUUAGUAGGCUCAAAGCAUGUAACGAAAUUUCACCUCAGAGUGUACAUAUACAACUAUUUUGUGGAUAUUGAAUGCAACAGAGUACUGCAUUGCAAUUCCUCCAUGAUUUUGUUCAUUCUUUAGUGUGAGUUUUUGUUCCUGUAAAGGCUGGAUCUUGUGCAACAGUAACUCAUUACUGCGGCCGCUGUCUGUUUGGUACCCAGUGCGGAAGUACCUUGUAUGUGAUACUUUCCACCAUCCUGCUUUUAGCAUUAAGAGGGCUUCUGAAUUCAGUUUCAGGAUGAACUAUUGUUGUGAAGGAUCCAGAUUUCUGCUUUGAGUCCACUAGCAGUAGCUAAAUCAGACGUUCUAAUCUGAAUAGGAUAUGUAGCACUCAUCAUACUAGAACCAUCCAACACUAACAUCUAAACAUUAAGGACCUGAGUCAUUAGCGUCAGAGACUGUCAGUGAUGAUUCCAGGUACGGAGGGGUACUGGGAAACCAUCCCUAUAUCAAUAAGAGUCAUCUAUCCUAUGACAAGCUUCUCCUUGUCUCCCGACUAUUCAUAUUACAUAUAACACGUCCUGGAAAGGAUACGCUGAGUGCUACAUUGAGAAACGACAAGAGCCUGGCCUUUGUAAUAAAUUGUUCGUUGAAAGGACCAGACUUCAUGUUUACCCUUGCUUGUGAGGGUAUACUUCUCAGCUGAACCAAUACUUAGAAAAACUUGGCACCUGUGUGAAAAGUAUUGCGGAGUUAUUUUAGUACGGGAGGGUAGUUGUAAGAUGGAAGGCAAUGACUAUUGAUUUAUCAGAAGAAGACCAGCUACUUAAUCCCUGGCCCGUUCAAGAAUGUGAAAAAGUCGACCUGUUUUUGAAUCUCGAGUGAAUAAAGUU